CGCGUGGCCUCCUCCCCUGGUGACUCCGCGUCUGCUCUCCACCAUCUCCAUUGUCGAGCCUCUCUGCCCCAUCUUCAUUCUCUUCUCCCUCGCACCCCGAUCGCCGCCGGCGGCAGAGAGCCCCAGCGGCCGCCACCCACUUGCCCCACAUCCGGAGUCCCAGGACCGCCUUAAUCCUCAUCUUCCUUCCUUCCUCCACCUCAACACCCAGAACCGCCUUAUCCUCCGCCGACAUCCCGCCUCCGGUCACCUCCUUCCCCAUCAAAUUUAGAAAAAAACCCUGCAGAGUUGAAUAUGCCAUAACUAACGGCAACAUCUACAGGCGCGAAGCCGUCACCAACUGCCCACUCUUCUCCUCAGCUCCGUUGCCUUAUUUCCUGCCAACAAAAGGAAAGAGAAGAAGGAAGGAAGGAAGAAGAAGGAAGGAAUAGAAAAAACCAAAUAACAAUAGAAAAUAAAAAAUAAAUAAAGGACAGAAGAAAAUAUAAAGGGUCCUCACCUUCAGCGGAGACGCCGGUGCCUCCGUCCCCUUCGCCCCGCCUAUCGCCGGUUCCGACGCUCCAACGAUAGGCAACAAUGAAGCGACGACCUAGCUUCUCCCUUCCGGUUACCGUGGUUGUUUUGGUUAUCGUAUUUAUAUACUUCUCCACAAUCUUCGUCUUCGUUGAUCGGUGGUUUGGUCUCAUGUCCUCUCCCGGGGUAAUGAACGCCGUCGUCUUCACCGCCGUCGCCGUGAUGUGCAUCUUCAACUACUCCGCUGCCAUCAUCACGGAUCCAGGUCGGGUUCCUUCCACUUAUUUGCCGGAUAUCGAGGACGCCGAUAACCCUAUCCACGAGAUCAAACGCAAACAGGGAGGAGAUUUAAGAUAUUGCCAGAAGUGUUCCCACUAUAAGCCACCACGAGCUCAUCACUGUCGUGUGUGCAAACGAUGUGUAUUACGGAUGGACCAUCAUUGCAUUUGGAUAAACAAUUGUGUGGGUCAUGCAAACUAUAAGAUCUUCUUCAUCUUUGUUGUGUAUGCUGUAACUGCUUGCAUUUACUCCCUGGUAUUGCUUGUUGGUAGUCUGACCGUUGAUCCACAAAAGGAUGACCAGCAAAUUGGCGGGUUCUUUAGAAGUAUAUAUGUAAUUUCAGGAUUGUUGUUACUUCCCGUUAGUAUGGCUCUGAGUGUUCUUUUGGGUUGGCAUAUCUACCUAAUUCUACAAAAUAAAACAACAAUUGAGUAUCAUGAAGGAGUUAGGGCCAUGUGGCUUGCGGAGAAAGGAGGAGAUUUAUACAAGCAUCCUUAUAACAUUGGUGGCUUUGAAAAUUUGACAGCAAUACUUGGCCCCAACAUCCUCUGCUGGUUAUUCCCCACAUCAAGGCACAUCGAUGUUGGCCUUCGCUUUCCCACAGCUUAUGAUAACUUGUCAACUCGAGCAGCCUCAAAGUGAGGGCGACAGUCAAGGCAUAAUUCAUACUGCUCGUUACUGUUUUGCUCUACCUUCGGAAAAAAGCUUCUUCAUCCCAGCGAAGGCUGAUGGCGGUGAAGGAAUGCAUCAAGUUGUUUAUAGUUGUUGAUGUGACCUGUGAAAAAAAUUAGGCAAGGUAGCAAGUUCUUGUGCUUGUUUUUUUGUUUUUGAAUGAGUUCUCUUUUGCUUGGUCCCUCGUUUUCUCCCGUUUCCAGUUUAUUGUUGAUUUUCGUUUGAUAGAGUCGAGAUGUAGUAGUUCAUGUAGAGCUCACCCAAGAGAGGAAAGAAAAAGUGGAAGAGUGUCCAGUGUAACCUAACAACAUCAUAUAGUAGUUAACUAUGUCUGCUCACUUGCCCUAGCGAAAUAUGAAAAGAGUGAUGAGAAGCAGAUGGAGAUACUUUUGAAUCUUAUUCAUCCUUUGUCAACUUGACAGAAAUUGUCUUGUGUAAUCUCUGUACGAUGAUUUACAAAUGAAGUCAAGCAGUUGCAGUUUCCGCCCCUGUUUUGCAUUCUACAAUA